CAAGGAGCCCGUCAGUCUGCUGCGCGCGGCGUCACACCGGCGACGAUGUCGGACAUCUCCACGGAUUUUAACAACGACACGCUGCCGGCGGCUGCGGCCACCAACUACAAUUUCCCAGCGCUUAUAUUUGGGAUUUUGCUGAUUGUGAUUAUCACCGGUGGAAACGUGCUUGUGUGCCUCAGCGUGUACUUGGAGAAGGCUUUAAAAACGACUACAAACUACUUCAUAGUCAGUUUGGCGUUUGCAGACUUGCUGUUGGCAGUGCUGGUUCUGCCGCUCUUCGUUUACGCAGAGUUUCAGGGUGGAGUUUGGUCGUUGAACAUGCUGAUGUGUGAUAGCCUGAUGACCAUGGAUGUGAUGCUCUGCACCGCAUCCAUAUUCAACCUCUGUGCCAUCAGCGUGGACAGGUUUAUUGCAGUGUCCAUACCCCUAAAUUACAACCGCAAACAUGUGGACCACCGUCAGCUCAUCCUGCUGUCGGCUACCUGGCUGCUGGCCCUGGCUGUGGCCUCACCAGUCAUGUUUGGCAUCAACAACGUGCCUGACCGCGACCCCAGCGAGUGCAAACUGGAGGAUAACAACUAUGUGGUCUAUUCCUCAGUCUGCUCCUUUUUCAUCCCCUGUCCCAUCAUGGUACUGCUCUACUUUGGUAUUUUCCGUGGGCUGCGACACUGGGAGGAGGCUCGUAAGGUCAAACUGCGCAGCAGCAUCGAGGCCUGCAGGAAGUUGCAGCAUGCAGCCGUCACUACCACCCUCCCCCCGCUGACAGGCACCAUCCCCGGGCCUCUGCCCAUGCCUCUACCCAGGAUCAUCGAGAGGGACUUGGCCCAGUCUCGGCUGGAUGACACGGACGACUAUAUGCAGCAGGAGAUUCCUUAUCCUCGGCAGUACAGAGAGAACUCAGUGCCCACACUGACGUUCAGCCAACAGCUGCACAAGAAGAAGGGAGCCAAGAUCAACAACAGGGAGAGGAAAGCCAUGAAGGUGCUACCUGUCGUAGUAGGUUGCUUCUUGUUCUGCUGGACUCCGUUCUUCGUGGUCCACACGACGCGAGCCGUGUGUCUGACGUGCGACAUCCCUCCCGGUCUGAUGAGCACCGUCACCUGGCUGGGCUACGUCAACAGCGCUCUCAACCCCGUCAUCUACACCAUCUUCAACACAGAGUUCAAGAAAUUCUUCAAGAAGUGUUUCCGCAGCUGCUGCUAAAACCAGAUUUCC